AUUCUUCCCUGGAACAUUGACAUACCAACGUGGUCGUUUUGCCUUUGCUAUUUUGCUCACAGCCACUACGUUGUGCUUCUUUUUAUCAGCGGGAAAGUUUCCAAGCUGAUUUUGACAGGCAAAGAUGGAGUUUGUAACGGACUCUAUUAACCAGAUACGAAAAAUGAAAUUUCGGCAGUUCCUUGCUCAAGGCGUGCAGUUAGGUUUAAUUAUCACGUCGGCGCUUAUGAUCUGGAAAUCGCUUAUGCUGGUGACAGGCAGCGAGUCCCCGGUGGUGGUAGUCCUCAGCGGGAGCAUGGAACCAGGCUUUUACCGAGGAGACAUCCUGUUUCUUAACAUGGGGAAAGCACCCAUACGCACUGGAGAAGUUGUUGUCUUUAACCUAGACGGUCGUGAGAUUCCAAUCGUCCACCGUGUCAUCAAGGUACAUGAGCGCAGGAAUGGCACACACGUUGACAUCCUCACCAAGGGUGACAACAACUAUGGAGACGACCGGGCGCUUUACAACCGCGGGCAAGAGUGGUUGCACCAGGAACACAUCAUGGGAAGAGCAGUCGGUUUCCUGCCCAAGGUCGGCAUGAUUACCAUCUUGAUGAACGAUUACAAGUAUCUCAAGUUCGCGCUGUUGGGCGUUCUGGGCCUGUUGGUGAUCACCAACAAGGAAGGGUGAACAACGGGAGGUGGAGGCCGGAUUGGCGAUUCCUUUGCGGCUCACGAGUGAAGGAGCUCUGAGGUGGCUUUUCCGCAUGCCCCAGAAGUCAUGCUAGGGUAAGACCACCUGUGUCCUGCUGCUCAUGCACAAAGAUGGUGGAGCGGGGUCCUUUGGAUGGAUGGGAGGAUGGGAUAGAGGGGAGUAGCCACGCGAGGUGGUCUAGGGCUGCUGGCGCUUACGAACAAGGAGGGUGAAGGAAGGGUGUUAUUAGGCGAGAAGGGACGGGGAACAUGAGGAAGAGGCAGAACAUGUCGCGGUCUAAGCGGAAAAGGACUUGGGACAUCCGGGGUGACCUGGAGCAGCAGCAGAAUGCGGGUUUGUAACAGUACGGAUGCCUGGGAUACCUGGCAAGGCAUUUGUGAGCAUGUUGAUGCCAUGACGAUAUGUCGGCAACCAUGGGUUACGACUAUGGUGCGGGUGAAGGGACAAGUGUCUGCUAUGUCGUAUAUGCACGGUACGGUAUGGAGGAACCGUGGCGAUGGAUGGCUGGUGUAGAGUGUGGCACCGUUUGAGCCUGCAACACAUGAAAUUUACCCUGAUAGUGCACAUAUUCGUAGCCGGCUUUCCUUAUCUGGUCGGGAAAAGAGUUUGCUUUCCCUCAUUGCCAAGACACUUUGAUGCUGAACUGGAUUAACCGUUAGCAUAUGAUUGUUAAUACACAAUGAAGUGUAUUAGUGAUUGAAGCUCUUGAUACCAUUGGUGUGCAAAAUGGCUUUGGGCCAUCGGGCCCCUUUGGGUAAACGACGAUUUCGCUUCCUGGAAACAACGCCCUCCACCUGCCUUACCGUCGCAUAUAAUAGAGCACUCCAUACUCUUGCCAGGGGGUGUGAAGCGUUCUCCGCCUUUUCUGCUUGACAGCUGUUGGCCACUGUGUUGACCGCGAUUUCUCUCCUUAGCUGCGACUAUCUGGUCUUGUGCAUCCUUCUAAUCGUUUCUGGAAGAACGUAUUGGAGAGAUUCAGUCACUCUUGCUUAGACUCAGUCUUUGGCGCCUAAUUCCGUUCCGUUAGUUUCCUGGUGCUGAGGCCAAGCCAGCCGGGCCGUUAGGCCCCGGCUGAGGAGCCAUGGAGCCGGAGUAUGCAGCAACGACAGGUCCAUCCGUGUCACAGCAGGCCCAGCCAGCAUCGCCCUUGCGGGACCAUAGCAGGCAGAAUGUUCACGCUUCCAGUCCAGUGCGCAGCCCCUUGUGGUCGCCCAAAUCCCGAGUCACAUAUAGCGAUCGGUUUAUCCCUUCAAGGGCCGCAGCAGCUCGGCUGGACUUCAGCAUUUUGGAUCGGGAGUUGGCGACAUCGGACGUGCUCAAGCAAGCAUCGGACAGAGAAGACUUGAACCCCGCGUAUAACCUGCUUCUACGGUCGGAGCUGCUUGGGUCAACGUGCCCAGGAGUCAUAUCACCGGAUAAGGUGCAGCAGAUGGAGCAGCUGCGAGCUCCCGCCAGUCCGGGCAAGAGCCUCUUCCGCUUCAAGACGGGCGACGUGCACAGCCCGCAUGGUGGCCCCGCGGCGCAGAGCCCCUUCGUGGUGUCGCCGGUGGGAGAUGACACGGCCGCCGGGUCGCCCUUCGCCAGCCCGCGGAGAGCACAGCGGAAGAUAGCUCGGGCGCCGUUCAAAGUGCUUGACGCUCCCUCCCUGGCGGACGACUUCUACCUCAACCUGGUGGACUGGUCCUCCCAGAACGUGCUGGCGGUGGGGCUGGGCACCUGCGUGUACCUCUGGUCGGCAACCAGCAGCACGGUGACCAAGCUGUGCGACCUUGCUCCGCACGACACGGUGUGCAGCGUGGAGUGGAGCAAGCGCGGCACCUACCUCUCGGUGGGCACCAACAGCGGCAAGGUGCAGAUCUGGGAUGUGGCCAAGCUGAAGCUGCUGCGCACCCUGGAGGGGCACCGCGCGAGGGUGGGCACGCAGGCCUGGGGCAGCCAGGUGCUGUGCAGCGGCUCCCGCGACCGCCACAUCCUCACCCGCGACAUCCGCUGCCCCGAGCACUUCAUCUCCAAGCUGGUGGGCCACCGCUCCGAGGUGUGCGGACUCAAGUGGUCCCCCGACGACCGCCAGCUGGCCAGCGGCGGCAACGACAACCAGCUGUGCAUCUGGUCGCUGCCCGCCACCUCGCCCGUGCUCAAGUUCUCAGACCACACAGCGGCGGUCAAGGCCAUCGCAUGGUCGCCCCACCAGCACGGCCUGCUGGCCAGCGGCGGCGGCACCGCGGACCGCUGCAUCCGCUUCUGGAACACCGCUAAUGGCACCGCACUCAACUGCAUAGACACGGGCAGCCAGGUGUGCAACAUUUCCUGGUCCAAGAACGUCAACGAGAUCGUGUCCACCCACGGCUACAGCCAGAACCAGGUCAUAGUGUGGAAGUACCCCUCCAUGGCCAAGCUAGCAACGCUCACGGGCCACACCCUGCGUGUGCUCUACCUCGCCAUGUCCCCCGACGGUCAAACCAUCGUGACGGGCGCGGGAGACGAGACGCUGCGCUUCUGGUCGGUGUUCCCAUCCGCCAAAUCCGCGGGACCCGACACCACCGUCGCCAACAUGACACGCACAACCAUCCGGUGAACAGAAGACACAGUGGCAGCUACCCUGUUUGUCGAAGGCGCAGUACGGCAGCCCUGCUUUCCUUUUGGGAUAGUUCCAUGGGGAAGUCGCCAAGAAGGGGAAUGCCUUGUCCUAGGUCCAGGGGGUGCUGUCUGCGCCUGAUUAGCACCAGACUCUCCUUGGGUGUCCAGGAUGUGAGGUUGGGGAGAUAGUGGGCCGUGUAGAGCUAGGCCGUUGCUCGCUUUAGUUACGUCCUCUUGCCCUUGGGGGACUUGGGCCACUGAGGGGUUAGACAGUCGUUGCAAAGUUGCUGUAGCUAUGAGGUCGUGACCCAACUACGCAUGCAUGCGACUUUGCCCUACAUGCAAGAGUCGUGCAUAGGACAGAAACAAAUAUACCGGAUGUGUAUGCCUGAUAGGCUGUAGCAUGUAGCGUGUUAUAGGGUGUGUCUGUAGUUUGCAUGUGUUCUGUGCGUGGAUGGUACGAUACCGAAAGGCGCCGGAACGAAGCCAAAGAUCUGUACAUAAAGGUCUGAGAUAUAAACUGGCGAAUGGCGCUGAUGUGAUGUGUAUAUUGUUGACAGAGCCAAGCAUGUGUGUACGUGUCCGUGCGCGUGGACCCAUGGGUCAUGGGUAGGAUGGCAGACUGCGGUUUUAUGUUUCCCAAAGCACGGUCAUAUAUUUGUUUGAUACUUGGCGGAACUGCGGUUAGCAAGGGGUUCCCUCGUUGGGCAGCUUUUAUUGCGUGGGACGCCAUUAACUGUGGUUUUGGGCUUCUAUCAGGCGCCGUUGUCACCCGCAAUGCUUGCUGCUGCAAUAAAAGCUUUGUCGCCCUGUACGGAAAUACAUGUAUUGGCUUGUGCGGAAAGGGACGGGAUGUACUUGGCAGGGCUUGGCCCGGUUCACCAAACCUCUUUGCUUUCUUGCUCUUGCUGAUGCUAUGUCGCGUGCCUUCCUAGUCCUGGACGUGUGCUACAGGGUUUUUCAGCCGCGUCCCAAAGGAGCAUGCUGCAACUUUCUUUCCUGAUCCUUUUAUGCGUCGUGCUAUCCUGACCCGUCGGUUUUGGACCAAGGUGAUUUUGUGGCAGGAGACAAGCCCUCAUGAUUCAGCGCUUUGUACGAUAAGCCGGUUACUGAUUCGUGGAAACCCCAUAGCGCCCGCAACUGAAGAGCGUUGCGGUUAACUCGGGUGCGGUCGUAGUAGACCUGCGACGGUAUGACGUCAUGCUUUCUUACCAGCAAACGUUACUGUAAUGUUUGGAAAUGUAAA